AUGGCGGGCGUGCUCAGGAACAUGUUUGGCAGCUCCCAGCCAUCCAGUUCUGCCACACACGAGGGUGAUUUCGCCGACUUUGUUAAAGCAGCCGACCCUUCUCUGGCACCUAUCGUAGAUGGAUCAUCCUCGACAGCUGCAUUAGGUGGCCAGGAUGCCAACGCCGUCGUUUAUACGAAAUGGUACCGGGUCUGGGAGCGCACAUCCCCCAAGGACUUCAUGCAGGAGGCGAUGGUCAUGCCAAUCAUCCUUUUGAUUCUUCUGUUCCAUGUCUGGGGAACACGGAAAAAUCGACGGAAGGCGCGAGAUUGGGCCCAGGCUCAUGCCUCUACUCUGCAAAGCGAGUUCGCAGUGGUUGGGUUUGAUGGCAUUCAGAGGACUGAGAAGUCUAUUAACCUGGAGCUAUCCUUCCCAGACUCCAUCCUAAAGGAGAAGUCUGCUCAGGAGUUCACAGCCUACGCCACUGGUCGUCAGAACGUCGCAUUCGUCGACAUUGCCCUUAAGAUGCCCAAGCGCGCAAACCCAAUCACUUACUGGAUGGACAAGGCUUUCGCUUUCCUAUUUGAUAGCUGGCCUGCUCCUGAGGAGACCUUCGAGGCUACUGCGUACACCUUUGAUGGCAAGGAGAAGGAUGUGGUUCCUGUUCCCGCCAAGAAUGCUUCUCCCCUGAAGGUGAACAACUCGGCUUACGAUGGCUUUAUCUGGGCUGUUGUUCACAAGAACCACAUGCGUAAUUUCCGUCAGGACCGAUAUGAUGCCUCCAUGACUUUCACCAAGGAUAACCCGAAGCUUCCCAAUUGGGUGACCGUCAUGACAGAAAGCGCCGAGAUCACCGAUACCCUCGUCACCCCGGAGCUUAUCCAGGCCGUUGAGCGGGCUGGCAGCAAGUUCAAAUACCUGAUUAUCACUGACCAGCCAGUCGAUAAGCCCCUCAAGAUCGAGGAAACUGCCCCCCGCAAGCGUAUUCAGCUUUGUAUGCAUCUGGCAUCAUCGGCGUCUGGCUACACCGCCACCUUGCCCCUGUUCACUCAGUUCCUGCGCUUACCCGAUAGGCUCGUUUCUCAGGCCCAUUUCCGCCCCGAGGUUAUGCGCAAGGUGCGCAACGCUCGCGAGGAGGAGAUUAAGAAGCUCCGCCGGGUCGAUGAACAGGAGAAGGCCGAGGAGCGCAAGCUGACUGCUGAGAAGUUGAAGAAGGAAGAGAGAGAACGAACACUCCGUGGCAUGACUGCAGAUGAGCAGCGCAAGUUCCUUGACCGCGAGCGCGACAAGGAGCAGAGACGUUCCAUGAAGAGAUAUACCAAACGGGCGUAG